CUCAAGUUGACAACCUCGUGAAAACCAACCCCAAGCACACCUCCUCUUCCACCCAGUUGAUCUCGACUCCCCAUUCACUCCCUUCCAAUCUUUCUUUAAACCAACAUACUAGGCACAAUGCUCUCCCGUCAGGCUCUCCGCCGGGGCGCUUUCCUCACCAGAUCUUUCGCUACGGCUACAACCUCUGGUCCCCUCCCCACCGCCGAGGCCGCAACCCCCGCCGUCAGGAAUGACUGGUCCCGCGAGGAGAUCCAAGCAAUCUACGACCUCCCCCUCAUGGACCUCGUCUACAAAGCCGCAACCGUCCACCGCGUCCACCAAGAUGCUCGCAAAGUCCAACUCUGCACACUCCACAACAUCAAAGAAGGUGGAUGCACGGAAGAUUGCUCUUACUGCGCCCAAUCCUCCCGCUACAAGACGACCGUCAAAGCUAAGAAAAUGGCCGAUGUGGAUGAAGUCCUCGAGGCUGCGAGGAAGGCCAAGGCGAACGGAUCGACCCGAUUCUGUAUGGGUGCGGCUUGGAGGGAUAUGCGUGGUCGUAAGUCCGGGAUGAACAAAAUUAUCACCAUGGUCAAGGAGAUUCGGGCAAUGGAUAUGGAAGUCUGCACCACCCUCGGAAUGGUCGAUAAAGAGCAAGCUGCGUUGUUGCGCGAAGCUGGUCUCACAGCCUAUAACCACAACCUCGAUACCUCCCGCGAACACUACCCCAACGUCAUCACAACCCGCUCCUACGACGAGCGCCUCGCAACUAUCAAAGCUGUCCGGGAUGCCGGUAUUAAAGUCUGUUCGGGUGGAAUCGUUGGAUUGGGUGAGACUCGCACGGAUCGUGUCGGGCUUAUCCAUGAAUUGAGCAACCUCCCAACUCACCCCGAGUCUGUCCCGAUUAACGCUCUCGUUCCGAUCCCUGGUACUCCGUUGGGCGACAUCGAACGUCUCCCUUUCCACGACGUCCUCCGUACCGUCGCGAUUGCGCGUAUUACCAUGCCUCUCACCGUCGUCCGUCUCGCUGCGGGCCGUGUCUCCAUGACCGAAGAGCAGCAGGCACUCUGCUUCAUGGCGGGUGCGAAUGCGGUGUUUACUGGUGAAAGGAUGUUGACGACGGGAUGUUCGGGAUGGGAGGAGGAUCAUGCUUUGUUGGGGAGGUGGGGAAUGAGCGGAUUGGGGGCUUUUGAGGGACAGAACAUGGUUGGAGGAGGCUGUCACUAA